AUGAUGCAGCUACUACGACAACCACAGCUCCUACAACUCCAACUCACCUACCACAACAUCCCCUUCGACAACUGUAGCUCCAACAACGCCAAUCACAACCGAAGGUCCUACUACCAUUUUAACUCCUACGACAACCACAACUGGAGCACCUACAGCAGCCACAACAACAACUGUAGCACCUACGACAACAUAUUUUUCGACAACUGCAGCUCCAACAACUGUAGCUCCUACAUCGCCAAUCAAAACUGCAGGACCUACUACCAUUGUAACACCUACGGCAACAUCCCCUUCGACAACUGUAGCUCUUACAACGCCAAUCAAAACUGCAGGACCUACUACCAUUGUAAGUCCUACGACAAACACAAAUGUAGCUCCUACAGCAACCACAAUAGAAGCUUCUGCUACAACAACUGUAGAAACUACGACUACCACAACAACAUCCCCUACGAGAACUGCAGCUCUUACUACAACUACCGUAGCUCCUACGGCCACUACAACUGCAGCAGCUCCAACAACAACUAUCACUACAAAUGCAGCAGCACCAACUGUAGCUGCAUCCACAACCACUACUGCAGCCCCUAUGGCAACAACAACUCUAGCUCAUACAACAACAACGUUAUCUACAAUAGUAAGCACAACAGCAGCUGCAACGACAACCACUGCAGCUUCUAUAACAUCUACAACAAGCGCAACAAUACCACCUACGGCAACAACUACAGCUUCUACUACGACAAAAAUGCUCCUACAUCCACUACAACUGCAGCAGCUCCAACAACAACUGUGGCUGCUUCCUCAACCACUACAGCAGCCCCUACUGCAACUAGAAAUGAAGACCCUUCUACAAUAACCACAACAACAUCCCCUACGACAACUGCAGCUCUUACUACAACCACCGGAGCUCCUACGGCCACUUCAACAGCAGCAGAGCUUACAACAACAACUGAAGCUGCUUCCACAAGCACUACUGCAGACCCUACUGCAACCACAACAGAAGCUUCUUCUACAACAACUGUAGGAACUACGACCACCACAACAACAUCCCCUACGACAACUGCAGCUCCUACUACAACCACCGGAGCUCCCACGGCCACUUCAACAUUAGCAGCUCUUACAACAACAACUGAAGCUGCUUCCACAAGCACUGUAGCUGCUUCCACAACCACUACUGCAUUACCUACUGCAACCACGACUGCAGCUUCUUCCACAACCACUACUGCUGCCCUUACUGCAACCACAACUGAAGCUUCUUCAAAAACAACUAUAGCACCUACGACAACCACAACAAUCUCUCCUUCGACAACUGUAGCUCCAACAACGCCAAUCGCAACCGAAGGUCCUACUACCAUUUUAACACCUACGACAACCACAACAGCAACUGUAGCCGCUACAACCACUACAUUUGGAGCAGCUCCAACAACAACAACUGUAGCUGCUUCCUCAACCACUACAGCAGCCCCUUCUCUCUUACUACAACCACCGGAGCUCCUACGGCCACUUCAACAGCAGCAGAGCUUACAACAACAACUGAAGCUGCUUCCACAAGCACUACUGCAGACCCUACUGGAACCACAACAGAAGCUUCUUCUACAACAACUCUCCUGCUACAACAACUGUAGCUCCAACAACGCCAAUCACAACUGCAGGUCCUUCUACCAUUUUAACUCCUACAGCAUCCACAACAGCAGCUACUACAGCAACUUUAGCCACUACAACCACUACCUCUGCAGCAGCUCCAACAACAACUGUCGCCGCUACAACCACUGCAACUGCAACAGCUCCGACAACAGAAACUAUUCAACUGCAUCAACUGUUGCUCCUACGACCAAAACUGCAGCAGCUCCUAUAACAACAACUGUAGCUGCUUCCAUAAACACAAAAGUAGCACCUACUACGUCAAUCACAACUGCAAGUCCUACUGACAUUUUAACUCCUUCGACAAACACAACUGUAACACCUACGACAAUCACAACAACAUCCACUACAACAACUGUAGCUCCUACAAUGUCAAUCUUAACUGCGGGUCCUACUACCAAUUUAACUCCAACGACAUCCACAACUGAAGCUUCUAAAGACAUCACAACUGUAGCUCUUAUGCCCCCCACAAUUGCAACUUCAACUACAACUGUAGCAUCACCUACAACAACAACUGCAGAUGCUUCCACAACCACAGGUGCAGCACCUACUGCAUCAAUCACAACUGCAAGUCCUACUGACAUUUUAACUCCUUCGACAAACACAACUGUAACACCUACGACAAUCACAACAACAUCCACUACAACAACUGUAGCUCCUACAAUGUCAAUCUUAACUGCGGGUCCUACUACCAAUUUAACUCCAACGACAACCACAACUGAAGCUUCUAAAGACAUCACAACUGUAGCUCUUAUGCCCCCCACAAUUGCAACUUCAACUACAACUGUAGCAUCACCUACAACAACAACUGCAGAUGCUUCCACAACCACAGGUGCAGCACCUACUGCAUCAAUCACAACUGCAGGUCCAUCUACCAUUUUGACUCCUAAGACAAUCACAACUGCAGCAACUACAGAAAUCACAACUUUUAUUCACAACUGCAGGUCCUACUACCAUUUUACCUCCUUCGACAACCACUACAACAUCCACUACAACAACUGUAGCUCCUACAAUGUCAAUCUCAGCUGCAGGUCCUACUACCAAUUUAACUCCAACGACAACCUCAACUGA